GGUUCUCCGCAGCUCGCAGACACCCAAAGGGAGAGAGAAAAGGAGAACAGGAGCAGAGGGAAGCCGGGAGCAGAUAGAAGGGAAAAGGAAGAGCUCAGGGUUGGACAUUUUUGGAGCUAGGGGUGGGGUGGAGAAAGAGAGCGCACCUCCUCGAUUUUCCCCUCCCCACCCCUCUUUGCUUUUCUCUCCCCUUCGUUGUAUAGCAUUUUCCAGAAGCGGCAGCAGAAGGGGACAGAAACCUCUAGACUAGAAAGAUUUGGAGGGGUGGCCGGGUCUCCCGCCAGCCGCUACCUGGCAGCUGGAGCUUGAGUGUGCGUUUGUGCAUGUGAGAGUGUAAAUGCGGUUCUCUCUCUGUGGCUCUCUCUCCGUCUCUUCUCUCCCCCCCCCCCACACACACUCGCGCGUCGGCCACCCCUGUCAGUUUCCCCCUGUCAGUUUCUUCCCUGGCUCUUAUUGUGUGGCUGGCUGCGCGAAGGCAGUGCGUGCGUUUGAAGCGGCCCAGGUUGGGUCAGACAGCCUGGAGAAGCGGGAGACCAGGCAGGGGGCGGGUGGAGCGAAGAGUUUCUGGGCGCUGACGGAGGCUAAAGGUGAGGAGGGCCGGCCAGCCCCUGGGAAGUUUGGGGAUAACUGAGGAGCGGAGGGAGAAACCAAGGUAGGAGCCAGCGCUCGCACCUCUCACCACACCCCGCCCCUUUCCCUGUGCUCCGCUGCCCACCGCGGGCAGCCUCCAGGACCGGGGCUGUCCCAGGCGGCUGCUGUUUGCGCGCCGCCCGGAGACCGAGUCCGGCGAGGCGGCCGCACCGCGCGCCCUGGUUCGCGGACACCAGACGACGCAGAUCCGAACAAACCGCUUGGCCCCGGGUUUCUGUUAUGGGGAUCUGCCCACUAGUGAGUGUCUAAUAAAGGUAGCUGAUUGACUGCAAUCAAUAAACUGCUUUAGGAAUCUGCUGGGGAUUCUGUAUGCUUUCACCCAAGACAAGGUUAAUAUCACACUUGCAGAAAAGGAAACAGAGACAUAAAGAAGAACUAAAUGUGACUUGUUCAAGUUCAUACUUUAAUUAGCAGAAGAGCUGAGACUAGAAUCCAGGUCUCCUAAUUCCCUGGACACUAUUCUUUAAACUGCACAAUUUCACACAUACAGGUUGCUAAAUUGCUAUGAACCAUGGCCCAACUGUACUACAAAAAAGUCAACUACUCACCAUACAGAGAUCGUAUCCCCCUGCAAAUUGUGAGGGCUGAGACUGAGCUCUCUGCAGAAGAGAAGGCUUUCCUCAAUGCUGUGGAGAAGGGAGACUAUGCCACUGUGAAGCAGGCCCUACAGGAGGCUGAGAUCUACUACAAUGUCAACAUCAACUGCAUGGAUCCUCUGGGCCGGAGUGCCCUCCUCAUUGCCAUUGAGAAUGAGAACCUGGAGAUCAUGGAGCUACUGCUGAACCACAGCGUGUAUGUAGGCGAUGCAUUGCUCUACGCCAUCCGCAAGGAGGUGGUGGGUGCUGUGGAGCUUCUGCUCAGCUACCGACGGCCGAGUGGAGAGAAGCAGGUCCCCACCCUGAUGAUGGAUACCCAGUUCUCUGAGUUCACACCAGACAUCACUCCCAUCAUGCUGGCUGCCCACACCAACAACUACGAGAUCAUCAAAUUGCUUGUCCAAAAACGGGUCACUAUCCCACGGCCCCACCAGAUCCGCUGCAACUGCGUGGAGUGUGUGUCCAGUUCAGAGGUGGACAGCCUGCGUCACUCCCGCUCCCGGCUGAACAUCUAUAAAGCUCUAGCAAGCCCCUCACUCAUUGCCUUGUCAAGCGAGGACCCCAUCCUAACUGCCUUCCGUCUGGGCUGGGAGCUCAAGGAGCUCAGCAAGGUGGAGAAUGAGUUCAAGGCCGAGUAUGAGGAGCUCUCCCAGCAAUGCAAGCUCUUUGCCAAAGACCUGCUGGACCAAGCUCGGAGCUCCAGGGAAUUGGAAAUCAUCCUCAACCAUCGAGAUGACCACAGUGAAGAGCUUGACCCUCAGAAGUACCAUGACCUGGCCAAGCUGAAGGUGGCAAUCAAAUACCACCAGAAAGAGUUUGUUGCUCAGCCUAAUUGCCAACAGUUACUUGCCACCCUGUGGUAUGAUGGCUUCCCUGGAUGGCGACGGAAGCACUGGGUAGUCAAGCUGCUUACCUGCAUUACCAUUGGGUUCCUGUUUCCCAUGCUGUCUAUAGCUUAUCUGAUCUCACCCAGGAGCAACCUUGGGCUGUUCAUCAAAAAACCCUUUAUCAAGUUUAUCUGCCACACAGCGUCAUAUCUGACCUUCCUCUUCAUGCUCCUCCUGGCUUCUCAGCACAUCGUCAGGACAGACCUUCAUGUACAGGGGCCUCCCCCAACUGUCGUGGAAUGGAUGAUAUUGCCUUGGGUUCUCGGUUUCAUUUGGGGGGAGAUUAAGGAAAUGUGGGAUGGUGGAUUUACUGAAUAUAUCCAUGACUGGUGGAACCUGAUGGAUUUUGCAAUGAACUCACUUUACCUGGCAACCAUUUCCUUGAAGAUUGUUGCCUAUGUCAAGUAUAACGGUUCUCGUCCAAGGGAAGAAUGGGAAAUGUGGCACCCGACCCUGAUUGCAGAAGCACUCUUUGCAAUAUCCAACAUUUUAAGUUCGUUGCGUCUCAUAUCGCUGUUCACAGCCAACUCCCACUUAGGGCCUCUGCAGAUCUCUUUGGGGCGCAUGCUGCUUGAUAUCCUCAAAUUCCUCUUUAUCUACUGCCUAGUACUGCUGGCUUUUGCCAAUGGAUUGAACCAGCUUUACUUUUAUUAUGAGACCAGAGCGAUCGAUGAGCCAAACAACUGCAAGGGAAUCCGAUGUGAGAAACAGAAUAAUGCCUUCUCCACGCUCUUCGAAACCCUCCAGUCACUCUUUUGGUCUGUCUUUGGCCUUUUAAAUCUCUAUGUCACCAAUGUGAAAGCCAGACACGAGUUCACAGAGUUUGUGGGAGCUACCAUGUUUGGAACAUACAACGUCAUCUCCCUAGUCGUGCUGCUGAACAUGCUGAUUGCCAUGAUGAACAACUCCUACCAGCUUAUUGCCGAUCAUGCCGAUAUUGAGUGGAAGUUUGCAAGGACAAAGCUCUGGAUGAGUUACUUUGAUGAAGGUGGCACCUUGCCACCUCCUUUCAACAUCAUCCCCAGUCCCAAGUCAUUUCUCUACCUUGGCAACUGGUUCAACAACACCUUCUGCCCCAAAAGAGACCCUGAUGGCAGACGGAGAAGGCACAACUUGAGAAGCUUCACAGAACGCCACGCUGACAGCCUGAUACAGAAUCAACAUUAUCAGGAAGUCAUCAGGAAUUUAGUCAAAAGAUAUGUGGCUGCUAUGAUAAGAAAUUCCAAAACAAACGAGGGACUAACAGAAGAAAAUUUUAAGGUAAUUGAAUCAUGA